AUGGCUCGGACGAUCCUUGACAUCGCAAGAAAAUGUGUAAAAAAAGCAGGUUUAGAUGCUUACGAGCCGUCGGAUGUGCCAGUCCGCGCGCUCCUGCUCGUGAAGAUUGGUAAAAAUGAAGGAGAAAGAGACAAUAUCGAACAUGCAAAGACCACUUUUGAGAAGAAAAUACUAUCUGAAAGUAGAAUAAACAGUGCAAAAGAGACGGGAAGAACGUACAUAUAUACUGAAUCUCGGACACUUUGUGCACUAGUCGAUUCCUCAGCUGUUCAAAUACGAAAUAUUAUGGAAAAUCUUUGCCGCGUUGUCGUUGGUCAACCCGGCCUCUUUUGUUUUGCGAGAGUUUUAAGCGUUUAUAAAAUACCGCCUUCUCAAAGUAAAGACUGCUUCCGCGAUUAUCAAACGAAAGUGGUUACAAAAUCCGCUCAAGAACAGGAGCAAAAGCGUCAAGAAGAAGAAAAACAGCAAAUCUUAAUCGUGGAAGAACAAGCGGAAGAUUUAUCACGAAACAUAGAAGAAGACGAAGCUUCUGAAAUAUCGUCGUCUUUCGAGGAGGGAGAAGAAAAAGAAGAAAAAGAGGAAGACCAAAGAGGGAUCGCGAGAGCUGCGUGCAUUGAAACGUGCGUUCGUUUGGGUUCAGGUAUGCUCAAGAAAAAAUCCAGAGUAGGUCCGAUGAAUUUUGAUUUCGAUAGUUUACUCCAAUCCGAAUUCAUACCUACGCUUGAGGAAUAUCUAAAACUCUUCGCUAGUAAGCGUCUAAUUCUAAACAGAGACGACGAUUUCAUCUUUCCUAUUGUAUCAUAA